UUCUUGUCACUGACACAGUUGAAUCCCAUUGAUGAUCGUCCCAUGUCUUUAAUUUGAUCCCAAAACUAGAAAUUUCUUCUAGCAAAUGAUCCCUCUCUCUUUUUCUUAAUUUUCCCCAGAUUCCUCUGUAAGAGGUAGCAUUUGAAAGCUAUGAAGUCGAUUGAAAUUCCAUAAUCAUAUUCAAGCAAAUUUAAAGCAAAAGAGAAAGCAUUGGGCGCAGAUGCAUAAGCCGAUAAACAUAUUUCUGUUCAUACUUAGUGGUUUACAUCAAUUCACCCACACUAUCAACCAACUGAGCUACACUAUCUCUUAGUUAAACGUUUUUCUGUGAAAUUGGUAAAAAUAUAUGACCAUUUCAUUUAAAAUUACUUCACGUUAAGCUUUGCACACCGAAAUGUUUUCAUAUAUUAAUUGAACCAAAUUAAAAGUUUUCUAAUUUUCUUAUCAAUAGAAUUUGUGACACAUACCGAAUAAUUGAUUUAAUUUCAUAUGAUUGAAGCUUGUGUAAUUUUUAUACAACUCUCAAAUGGAUUAUGAACCUCCAUUCCUCGAGACCUACAAGGCCCUUGUUCAAAACCACGUCGAUGAUUCAAAGAAUGACUCCUCUUUGGUGGAGAGAUGUGAACUACCAGUGAUCGAUCUUGGCAAGUUCAACUACGAGAGAGACGAAUGCGAGAAAGAAAUUGCAGAAGCUGCUAAUAAAUGGGGUUUCUUUCAAGUUGUUAAUCAUGGGAUUUCACAGGAGCUGCUGAAGAGUCUUGAGUUUGAGCAAAAGAAAUUGUUCUAUCAACCAUUUGUGAAUAAGUCUGCAAAAUUUAAUUUCUCUAGUUUAUCUGCCAAAACUUACAGGUGGGGGAAUCCAUUUGCUACCAAUCUGAGACAAUUGUCGUGGUCAGAAGCCUUUCAUUUUUAUUUGUCAGACAUCUCAUGGAUGGACCAACACCAUAGUAUGAGAUCGAGCCUUGAAGCUUUUGCAUCAAGAGUGUUCUCCCUUGCUAAAAGCUUGGCUGAAAUACUAGCCUUCAAUUUGAAUACGAAAUCCAACUAUUUCCGUGAGAAUUGCUUGCCAAAGAGUUCUUACAUUCGACUGAACAGAUAUCCUCCAUGCCCUAUAUCGUCAAAGGUGCAUGGCCUGUUGCCUCACAGUGACACUAGUUUUCUUACCAUCGUACAUCAGGACCAGGUUGGGGGAUUGCAAUUGAUGAAAGAUGGAAAAUGGGUUGGUGUCAAGCCUAAUCCACAAGCUCUAGUCGUUAAUAUUGGUGACUUCUUUCAGGCAUUCAGCAAUGGUGUUUAUAAAAGCAUAAAACACCGAGUGGUUGCUUCCGAGAAAGUAGAGAGAUUUUCGGUGGCUUUUUUCUAUUGCCCCUCCGAAGAGGCAGUUAUAGAAAGCCACAUCAAGCCAGCUACGUACAGGAAAUUCACUUCGAGGGAGUAUAGACAACAGACUGAGAAAGAUGUCAAGCAAACCGGGGAUAAAGUGGGGCUCUCUAGAUUUCUUCUCUAGCAUAUAUAUAUAUAAACUUUAUGUUAACGUCUGCUUAAUCAAGUUGUGAUGAAUAUUUCUUUAAAUAUUUUUUUUUAGUUUUUUUUUUAGUUAGCAUAAGGUACGAACUAAUCAUUUGUCUUAUUUUGUAACAUAUUUCAUGAGUUUUCAAGUUAAAUAGAUUAAUAUUUUAUCAAA